AUGUCUUCCACCAAGUCAACACUCACCUUCUUCGGCGCAACCGGCGGCUGCGCUGCUGCUACCCUCGCACUGGCACUCAAGGCCGGUCACAUAGUAACAGCUCUCGCUCGCACACCAUCCAAGCUCACCACCCUGCUUACCUCCACCCACGGCAUCCCACAACAUGUCCUCGACUCCAACCUCAUCAUUGUCAAAGGCGACAUCAAAGACAUCACAGCCGUCAAGAAAGCGCUCUUAUCCAAGGACGGUCGCAUUGUCGACAUCGUCGUCUCCGGGAUCGGCGGCACACCCGCCCUCCAGUGGAGCCUCCUCCGUCCUGUGACACUCACGGACCCGCACAUCUGCGAGAGAGCCGCCGCCACCAUCCUCUCCGCCCUUCGCGAACUACGCCAGUCGCGUCGCGAUGACCCUCUCCAGAGCCAGGGCGAGAAGAGCGCCCAGGGGCCCAUGGUCAUCGCGAUAAGCACGACGGGCGUGAGCACCAAGCAGCGCGACGUGCCGUUCCUCAUCUAUCCGCUCUAUCACUGGCUCCUUCAGGUACCUCACGCCGACAAGCAGGCUAUGGAACAGGUCCUCAUUGCGGAUGCGUCUUCUACCUCUCCGGCUAUUGGUGACUUCGCCAUUGUCCGGCCCACGCUGUUGACGGAUGGUGUGGCCAAGGGCACUGACACGGUUAAGAUGGGGUGGGAGUAUCCUGAGGGGAAGCCCGAGCAGAGUGAGCCGGCGCCUGGCCCGGCGCUUGGGUACUCUGUGAGCAGGGCCGAUGUGGGAGCUUGGAUCUUCGAGCAGCUCGUCGAGGGAGAGGGCAAGUGGGGCAACAAGUGUGUCACUUUGACUUACUAG